AUGGAUACUCAGGGAUAUGCAGGCCCAUUUAGUUUGACUGCCGGAUCCGGAAUAGCUUGUUCGUUUGUAAUUGCACCAAGUAUAUAUGGCACAAUAGCAACACAAAGAUUCAAUUCAACCUACGGUACUACCUAUACAAACACUGGCACUACUGACUCUGAUAGCGGUUAUAUUUGUUUUAAUUCGAUCGAUGUGGCCAAUACAAGCGGCUUCAUUGUAGAAACGUCGAUUAAUUUUCUACCGGCAUCCGUACCAUCUCAAGCAAAUAUUAUAUUAGCCGUAAUCGCCUGGACUGUUAUUCCAAAUCAGUUGUAUAUUACCUCUAUGUAUCAAAUACCAAGUACAGCAUUGUCAAAUCAAACAGGAGUUCAAAGUAUUUCGGUACCCUCAUUGUACAUUCAGGAGGGACAAUAUCUAAGUAUCUGGUUCGCAAACAACGGUCUAAGUGGCAGUGCAGCCCGAUCAAAUGGAAGAAAUCAGUACUGGAGUGCUACAUCAAAUAUAUUAUACAAUGUUCAAAAUGAUAUUCCACUUACAUUCACAUCAUUUGGCCCUGCAGGAAAUGCCGUUCAAUUUACUGUUAAUACUAUUGUAAACUGA